AAUUGAAAUUGAUUCUUCUCUUUGGUGAAUUAAAAGUCUUCAAAUUUCGCGAACGCGCGCUAUACGAAUUCGUAAUCUAAAGCGACGUUUCGCUCGUAUUUGCAAGUGUGAACAAAAGUUACAUAUACGUCAAUUUCAAGUGAAUAAAAAAACAGAAGAUAGAGUUCUUGAGAAAAGAAAAUCGCCGACGAAACAGGAAGCAGUAGCAAACAACCUAUAGUACCACGUUUUCCAAACACAUCUAUCAUAUAGAAAAGAAUCAGCUGAAAGUAUCACAUGGCGUCGACUUCGAAAAAUUCUGGCGCUUUGAUAAUCCUCGCGCAGAUUUGUAUGGUCAUGUUAAUGUUUUGUGUUGUCGAAUCCGUGACCGUGUCCUGUCUAAGCUAUGGACAUUCUUGUUGGGGAGCACAUGGAAAGCGCGGCAACAUUCAAGAUAUACCUACUAGACGCACUUUGACGGUCAAAUCUUUGCUGAAUGAAUUCCCGCAAGAUAACAUUGCACCUUUCUCCAAGAUGCAAUGGAUUCUAUCCCGUUUGAUCACCAAACAGCCCAUAUUAUCAUUGAUGGAUAAAUAUCACAUUAAAGGGGAUAGUUUUCCUAAGGAUGUCCCAUCAAAGUGGAACCACAAUAUGAUACCGCUGACUGAUGAGAGCGUUGAGUCAACCAGAAUUCCAUUUAACAAUAAAAACGAAGAUAAUGAGGAAAAAAAUAACAAUAUACAAGGAACGAUGCAUAAUAAGAACGAAAAACUUGAAAACAGCCCAGAAAUUUUACUAACUUCCUCUGAUGAAUACGAUAAGUCAAAUAAUGAUCCUCAAAAGAUAGAUAUACUCAAGUUUCUGAAUUAA